UAAUUGAGAUAGAGUCUUAAGAAAAUAAAAUAACAUUAAAAGAUUCUUAAUAAAAUAAAAAAGCAAAAUAAACCUUUUAAUUUAAUGAAAUUUUUAAUUCAAAUGUUUAGUAAGAUUAAAUAUGGGAAAAAACAACUUAGCAAUAUAUUUUAAAAGUAAUUUAAAUAUAAAAAUUAUUUAUAAAUUUUUUUUUUUAAGCUUAUUGAGGGACAUAAUUGCUGCAUUAUGUCUUAUGGAUAAACAAGUAGUGGAAAAACUUAUACUAUUUUCGGAGAAGAUGAUAGAUAUACGAUUUAAAAUAAAGCAGCAUAAAAACUAUCAUAAUUAAAUGAUAAAGGAUAUGAUAAAAGAGGGUUAGUUCCAAGAACUAUUGAAUAUUUAUUAAAAUAUAAAUAAUAAUAUGAGGAAAUAAAAGAAUUUACAAUAAAUUGUACUUUAGUAGAAGUAAAUUUAGAUAAAAUAAGAGAUUUAGGAAUAUUUUAUUUAUAUAAAAAAUAAGAAAAUAAUAAAUAAACUAGUAGUUCAAAUGUUUAAAACAUAAAUAAUAAUAUAUAAAAUGCAUUUAAUAAAAAUCUAUCUAUAUAAGAAAGUUCUAACGGUUAAGUAAUUAUAAAAGAUAUUUCAAUUGUUUAAAUAACUAAUAUGAACGAUUUAUAUGAUUUAUUAUAGUCAGCAAUUUUUACAAUAAAUUUAAUACAAAAAGAAAAAAAAAUAGAGAGCAACCAGUUUAUAAAUUCAACAAUACAAUUUGCCGAUUUAACAGGAAGUGAAAUAAUUAAUAUGGAUAUACGAGAUACAAAUAAAUUAGAAAAAAUACUGAAUAUUAAUACACAAUUAACUGUAUUAGGAAAAGUAUAUAUAAAAAUAAUAUAUAAAUAUAAAUUAACAAACAAACAAAAGUGUCUUUUGAAUAUUUCUUAAUAAUAAAACAUAAUUCCUCAUAAAGAAUCAUAAUUAACUAGAGUAUUAUAAAAUUGUUUAAAUUAAAAUGCGUAUAUAUGUUUGAUAAUUAAUAUAAAUCCAAAUAAAAAUAAUUACGAUGAAUGUUUAUCAAGUCUAUAGUUUGGAGAUAGAACAAAGGGAAAUAUUUAAAUUAAAUAUAAUAAUAAUAAUAAUGAUAAUAAUAUAAUAAAUUAAGAUGAUUUUUUAUUAUAAAGUAUGGGGACCAAUUAGGCUGAAAACGAUAAAUUAAUGAAAUCUUUGAAAGAUUAAAUAAAAGAUUUAGAAACAAAGAUAGAGUUCAUUAUGAGAGAAAAUAAAUCAAAAAUAUCAGAAAUAAACAAUAUUUUGGGUCUUGAUAUUGAUUUAGAUAAAGUCCUUUAAAGGUCAUCUUAGAAAGAUCUUUAGUAGUUUAAAUUAUAAAGAGAAGCAAUUACUAAACUUGAGAAUAUAUAAAAAAUAAAUAAAAGCUUAGAAAAAAAAUUAGAAAAAUAUACUAAAAAAAUGGAAGACGAAAAACGUGAGUUGACUUUAAAAAAUGAAAAAUAACAAAUUUAUUUAAAUCAAUUGAAAGAAUAAUAUAAAAAAUUAAAAGAAGAUUUAAUUUAGAAUAAAGAAAGUGAAUAAGAGUAAUUAAAGAAUACCUUUUAAGAAAGAUAAAAUAAAGUUAAUAGUAUUAUUGAGAAAUCUAAUAAUGAUUUAAAUGAUAAAACUAGUGUUAUUUUUAAUUUAUAAUAGAAUUAUUAAAAUAUUGCAAAUGAGAAUUAAAAUAUGAAUGAAAUUAAAAGAAAUAUAAAGUUUGAAGUAGAUAAAGAUCUUAAAAAUAAAAUCGAUUUUUUAAAAUAUAAUUUUUAGAAACAAAUCGAUUAUUUAAAAUAAGAGUUUUCGAAUUUAUAUUAAAAUAAAAAAAAUUAAACUAGUUAAUAUAUUUAAUAAAUCUAUAAAUAUAAAGAUAAUAAAAAAUAAGAAAUAAAUUAAUUAAAUAUGGAAAUCCUUAAAUUAUAUAAUAUUUAUGAAACUUAAAGAAAUACAAUUUAAAAAUUAGAAGUAUAUAAUUAUUUUUUUAAAUUAUAUUUUUAUUUAUAUAAAAAGGACGGAUUUUAUACAAAUGGAAAACAUUCAUUUAAUAUUCCAUAAAGAGAUAAACCAAAUCAUCCAAAUCGAUAAACAUAUAAAAUGUACAUAUUUAUAAUUUUAAUAAAAAUAUAAAUAUUAAAUAUUAGAUUAUUUGAAUUACUAGAUUAAAAAAUAUUCAAUAAUAAUAAAAAUAAUAAUGAAGAUAAACUAAAUAUAAUAUAAUAAGAUUAAGAUGAAUAAACAUUAGAAUAAAAUACAUAAAAAAUUGUUAAUAAAAUAUUCGGAAAUGAUAGUACUGAGAAAUACAAUAAAUCUAGAAAAUUUUAAUCAAAUACUUUACUUAGAGAAUCUGAUUUAAAAAAUCGAUUAAAUGAGUAUGAUAAAAUAAAAAGUUAAGUAGAUAUUAAAUAAAUUCUAAAAGAAAGAGAUGAUUUUAAAUGUUUAUAUAUGUAAGAAAUUCGUAAAAAUAAUAUUGUUUCUAGAGGUUCUACUGCCGGAUUGGUUGAUAAAAAAAAUGUUCAUCUUAGUCGUAUGUCUUUUACUAAUGGAUUUUCAAAAUGUUCUGAAUUUUUAAUUAGUUAAAUGAUUAAUAGUAAUAGACCUUAAACUAAUGUUAUGGAAUAAAGAUAAAAAAAUAAAUGA